CAGAGAGCGUGAUAGAGUUGCCAAUAGUGUCUUAUUACAAGGGACGUCCCUUCUUUUUUCAUCUCUGUACAGCAAGAUCAGGAGUUGCUGAGUACUGCAAAAAGCAGUAAGAAAUACCGAAUGUAGUUUCCGCCCAUGUGACUUUCAGCUUACGUCCCUUGCUGCUUCCGAGAAACCACAGGAGCCUUAGACAUCACGGCAAGGUGCACUGACAGAGGAGAGAAGUGUAGGGAGGGACUGGGUCAGAGUGGCAGAGAAAGUGACACAAGGAGAGCGACAAAGUGAUAAAGGGAGGGACUGGGAAAGAAGCAAAGAAAGUAACCAAGGGAGAGAGGCAAAGGUGGCAGGGGAGGGGUGGGGUGAAGAAAAGCCUAAGGAAACCACAAUUACCAAGGACACAGAGGAAGCAGAAGAGGCGCCGAGCUGAGGGAGACUCGAGCCAUGCCCCAUAGCUCUGACAGCAGUGACUCCAGCAGCUUCAGCCAGUCACCCCCACCUAGCAAACAGGAUUCUUCAGAUGACAUGAGGAAAGUUCAGAGAAGGGAGAAGAAUCGCAUUGCAGCUCAGAAGAGCCGACAGAGGCAGACCCAGAAAGCAGACACAUUGCAUUUGGAGAGCGAAGACUUGGAGAGACAGAACGCUGCUCUGCGCAGGGAAAUCAAGCAGCUGACGGAAGAAAUGAAACAUUUCACCUCAAUGCUGAGCUCCCACGAGCCCCUCUGCUCCAUCCUAACCACGGUGCCCCAACCACCCCCCGAGGUGCUAUAUGCCACACACUCCUUCCACCAGCCUCACAUCAGCUCCCCACGCUUUCAGCACUGAGCCCAGCCACAAGGACACGCAGCCUGUAGGCUCCACAGAUAGAAAUCAGAGACCCCACGGGGUUUACUCUUUGGUUCACAGGAGGGACACAGACUAUUACAGCUAUUCCUGCUCCUCCUUCUAGGCUCUGCUGGGCCAGGCCCAGGGUCACAUGUCUAGGAUGUGGCCCCGGUGCAGAUGUGGCAGAACCCCAGGAAGCAUCUUUGGGGAGGUGAAAUCUUGGAUCAAUGGAGAAGGGAAGCGUUUGCAAAUUGGCACCAAUUCCUGUUCUGUGCUUUGCACUGGGAUGCUCGCAUGGGUCUAUGUGACACAAGAAUCCUGCCUCCAUGUCAGCAGUCACCAGAGACUGCACUAGUGAAUGCUCCAAGGAGAGGAGUGCUGGGGAUGAGGGGCUCUGG